CCAAUCUAAAAUGGCUACCUUUGGUUCCUGGAGGAAAAUCUGCUAGAGCGGCUCCAGGGGUGGAAACAAAGGACAUUGUCAUGGGAAGCAAAGGAAGCGCUGAUUAAAUCCGUGGCUUUAGCUUUUCCUUUACAUGUUAUGUCUUGCUUCAAGCCACUCCUAGCCCUAUGUCGGCUCAUGGAUAUCAUGUGGCCCAAUUUUGGUGGGGAGUUGAGGAGGAUCAUCCCAUGGUACGCUGGGUAUCCUAGCCAAAUAUGUGCAGGAGUAAACACGAUCGGGGAAUGGAAUUUCGCCGGUUUGAGUAUUUUAAUUAGGCGCUCUUGGCCAAGAUUGGAUGGCCUAUCCUAAUGAACCUCAAUCGCUUCUAGCCCAGGUGUAUAAGGGAAAAAUACUUCCCCACAGGGUCUUUCCUCUCUACUACCGCACGACCCCGUCCAUCCUGUGGAUGGCAGAGUAUCCUUUAUGGUGGGCAGUUACUAGUGAAAGGUCUGUGUUGGUAGAUUGGUAAUGGCCGGACAACGCCUCUGCUAGACUCUAGUUGGAUCCCUCAGUUACACCCUGAUAUCCCCGUAUAUAAUCUUCAGGUGUUACCAACAGGUGGUGAGCUGACGGUGAGGGAGGUGCUUUGUCCUAGUGAAGGACGUUGGUGUGAUGUCAAACUCGGAUAAUGCUUUGACCCGACUACUUGUCGUGCCAUCAAAACCAUCCUUCUUCCAUUUCAGGAUGUGGCGGAUAGAUUGAUAUGGCAUGACCUAGGAGACGGGAUCUUCACUGUCAAAUUCGCAUACCAUCUUGUAGUCUUGCUAGAUAAGCAUAUCGGGUGUUGGCGAUCUAUGGCUAAUUGGAUGGACAGGGCAAGCUGGAUCCGCUUGUGGGACGCCCAUAUUUCUCCUAAAUUGAAGGUGUUCCUCUGGCAAAUCUUCUAUCGUAUCCUGCCCACGACGGAAGCCCUAAUCGAGAAUAAGGUCGAGGUCCUUCCCCGGCCCAGUUUGCUGGGUUGAAAUUUAGGGCUUUUUUCAAUCUCUUCUAUACGUUUUUGUUACAAUACAACGAGAUGGUAAUAAGAUUACUCAUUUAGUGACACGUAAUAACUUGUAGACUUAUAGCAUCCUACACUAAUUCAUAGUUUGGUGGAUCUCAAUCAUGUUUUUCAAAUGUAGCACAAUCUAGAAUGCUUAUUGACUAUUUGGAACAAGAUGUUUAUCUUGAUUCUUGAUUGCUUUUUAGGUUUUAAAAAUAAUAAUAAAAAGAAUCAAAGAGAGAAAUAUGUUAUGAGAGUUGGCGAUUUUCUCUCACCUCUAUAUAUACCAUACAAACUCGUAAAUUAUUAAAUUUUCAAAGUUUUCCUCUCUUCUUCUCAUUUCUCUUCUUUUUCAUUUUUCUUUCCCCUAUUUCAUCACGUCUCCCUUUCCAUCGAAGGAGACGGAGAGAAAGAGAGAAAUCUGUCAAUUUUCUUUUCCAAUUCAGUUACUUCUUCACCUCAAGAUUCAGAUCUUAGACAAACUCGAUCAAACCUUUUCACCACCACACAACUCUUAGACAGAAAAACAAAUAUUUAAUUUUCUCUCGGUUGAAAAAAGAAAGACGAAUUGAACAAUCACAAGUAUUGAUAAUGGCAACAGUGUCCCCUCUCGCCAAGUACAAACUUGUCUUCUUAGGAGAUCAGUCCGUAGGAAAAACUAGUAUCAUCACUCGCUUCAUGUACGAUAAAUUCGACACCACAUACCAGGCUACAAUUGGAAUCGAUUUUUUGUCCAAGACAAUGUAUCUAGAAGAUCGAACUGUUAGAUUGCAAUUGUGGGAUACGGCUGGACAAGAGAGAUUUAGAAGUCUUAUUCCUAGCUAUAUUCGAGAUUCUUCUGUUGCUGUCGUAGUAUAUGAUGUAGCCAAUAGACAAUCAUUCUUAAAUACUUCUAAGUGGAUUGAAGAGGUACGAACAGAACGAGGAAGCGAUGUCAUAAUAGUGCUUGUCGGCAACAAAACCGAUCUUGUUGAAAAAAGGCAAGUGUCCAUAGAGGAAGGAGAUGGCAAGGCUAAAGAUUUUGGAGUUAUGUUUAUCGAAACUAGUGCCAAAGCGGGUUUCAAUAUUAAACCACUUUUUCGCAAAAUUGCUGCUGCACUACCAGGAAUGGAAACUCUUUCUUCGACGAAACAGGAAGACAUGGUUGAUGUGAACCUCAAACCUACCGUGAAUUCAUCCCAAGCCGAUCAACAGGGAGGAGGGUGUGCUUGUUAAACAUAUGUAUUUUAGUAAAAAGGAAAAAAUUAUAUCAAAAUAGAUAAACCCAUAAGAAUUUUAAAUUAUAGAGUUAAAACUUAAAUGCAAACUUAUGACCUUUUAAUUUUACCUUUUUCAUUCUAGGAAACAAGCCACUCGUUAUAGGUUGGUUCCAUCAAAUUUUUGGAGGUUAACAAAAAAAAAAUGAUCUUAGACAUACAAUCAAUCGCUUUCUCUAACCAUGACAACAAACAAUGAUCACCUGCCAAACAUUCAACAUGAUCCCACUAUCAGUGACUUGGUCAGAAUUCCAUGUAAAGUGGCUCUGGUUUUUUAAAGAAAAUAAAUUAUAAGGUAAUUCAUAUUCUCAAUUUUAUAACGGGUCAAUUACAAGUUUACAAAUAUAUUUCACAUUUUCCACUAACAAAUAUUUUUAGCUUAAUGAAUAAAUUUAGGGGUCGUUUGGAUGAGGAAUUGUAACGGAUCAAUUUGACACAAUUGUCUCAUUUUGAGACAAUUGUACCAAAUUGCCUCGUUUGCCAGCAAAAAAUUUGGAUGGGUCAAUUUGUUCGAGGUAUUUUGAAUUGAUCCAUUUUGAGUCAAUUUCAAUUACCUGGGGUGGGGGUAUAUAAUUCGAAUUGACUCAUUUUAAUUGUCUCGUUUAUAAAACGAGACAAUUUAUCAAAUUGACUCAUUUAUAGAUUGAUCCACACCACUUAUUACUCUCCAUCCAAUUCCUUUAAAAAUUUCUAUAGGACAGUCAACUAUCCCCUAUACCAUCAACUGAAGUGACCUGUCACCUAAAAAAACAAAAGUCAAUCAUUUUAUUUCUACCUCAUCCACCAUUAGACCAUCUCCAAUGUAGUCCCAAAAAAUCCAAACAUAUCUAGCAAUCAUCAAAUGCUUAAAAGGUUAAAACCAAAAAAAUAGGCUUUUGAGUGCCAAAUCUAGCAUGACAAAUAAGGGUUGCCCAUUGUGUGGUAUAAACGACUUUUUCAUUGACAAAUCGAUUAGUAAUGACUGUCGUUCGUUUUAAUCUUAUAACUUCCUAUCGAUUUUGAAAAUAAAAAUAAAAGGCUAGACUGCUCACCCCCAUUCAUCAUAAAUUGCGACACGUCAGGAAGGGGGAAGGCGUGCCACACAUUUGGGUGGAACCAAGCCCUGUGGGAUCGGUUAGCUUGACUACCCCUAAAGGGGUAGUGAUUUUUGACACCCCCUUUAUGAUUGGCCAAUUUUAUUUCCAAUCAUUGGCAAGUAUUAAUUAAACUGGUUUUUUAUUUUUUUUAAUCUUGUAAUUUGGGGUCUCUCACCACAUUGGAAAAGAGAAAGAAUCUGGGGAAAAACGAAAUCACCCCCAUUAAUUACAUAAUUAAUUUCUCUCACUGGUACAUUAAUUACACGUACCACUCUACUGGUACACGUACCACUCCACUGGUACGUGUACCAGUGGUACGUGUACCAGUGGAGUGGUACGUGUACCAGUGGAGUGGUACGUGUACCAGUGGAGUGGUAUUUGUAUCAUUGAAGUGGUACUGCAUUGUUGCUCCGUUAUUGUUUAUCAUUGUUAUGAAAAAUAUCAUUGCACUGGUAUUGUUCUCACUCUAACCUACCUUGUGGAUUGCUCGCACCAGUGGAGUGGUACGUGUACCAGUGGAGUGGUACGUGUACCAGUGGAGUGGUACGUGUACCAGUGGAGUGGUACGUGUACCAGUAGAGUGGUACGUGUAAUUAAUGUACCAGUUAGAGAAAUUAAUUAUGUAAUUAAUGGGGGUGAUUUCGUUUUUCCCCAGAUUCUUUCUCUUUUCCAAUGUGGUGAGAGACCCCAAAUUAUAAGAUUAAAAAAAAUAAAAAACCAGUUUAAUUAAUACUUGCCAAUGAUUGGAAAUAAAAUUGGCCAAUCAUAAAGGGGGUGUCAAAAAUCACUACCCCUUUAAGGGUUAGCAUAGUAUCCUACCCCAAGCCCUGUCGUGCAUGUUGCACACUGCCCUCGCUUGCGGCUGUCCCCACAUAUUUACCGUUGAAAAAGAAAGAUCCAGUCCUCCAAGUUCUUCGCAACGGCUCUUUCAGCUUCUAGUAACCAUUUUAUCAUUUUUCUCUACAAAUACACCACAUUCUUCACUUAAUCACUUUUACUACACCACUUCCAUUUUUUCUCUCCUCUUCUUUGCAAAGAAAAUUCUUCUUCUUCUUAUCAAUAAAAGAAUCUUCUUUCCAAAAUCUUGAUCAUGUCCCAAUUGCCAAGGGAAUGGUAAAAGAGAUGUAACCGCCAUGGACUUGUAACAAUUAAAAAAUCAUUUAAGAGUAACUAUAAUGUAACAAUUAAAAUUAAUGUAACAAGAGAAUGGUAAAAUAGAUGUCUCAAUUACGGGCAUGGCUUCAAUGUUGAUUUGGAAUAGGGUAGUUACUGAAAUCCCUUAUAGGGUCGUUCAAAUCAAGAAUUUCAGUUUGAGUAAUUUAUGAGGAAUUUGUACUCAAAUUCUUCACUAAGAAACUCGGAAAUUUUACAUGAGUUAUUUGGGCUAAUUAACUUGUUUAUUUAGACAUGUGGAAUUUGAACCCCAAUUAUGCAAAAAUAUAUUUGCCCAUCUUCUUCCUCCUCACUCCUUCGGUCUCUUAUUUCUCCCAGAAAAAACACAACACUAAAUAAUACAGACAAACAACAGCCGCGUACUCGUGAGCCUUGAGCGUUCAGCCUCCUCGCUAAUCUUCGACGACCUUGGCGACAUAAGCUCCUCACAAGGCUCCGACGUCUCAAGAAUCUCCAGAGAAUGAACAGCAACCCAACAUCGUUGCCUUGCCUUCGAGCAAUGUUAUAGAAAAGGAAAACACAAUCGACUGCCCAGAAAUCGGAGGAGAGAUUUGUCUCAAAUCCAAUGCCCUAUUCAUCUCCCGCCAUGAAAUACUCGAGAGUAGGGGUGGCUAUUUGGUCUAGACUUUUUGGUUUUACCCCAAAUCGGACCGUAUAACUGGACCGGGACCGAAUAGUAAACAAUCCAAUCUCAUCUUCGGGCUUAGGGUUAAGGUAAGAAAUCAUUUGGGACCGGACCAAAACCAGGAUAAAGACCGAAUAAGAGAGCCCAACACCCAAAACUUAAUCAACUCCUCACCCUUUCAGGCCUCAGGCCACUCAAAACCCCACAAGGUCAAUCUAAAAUCAAGACCGAAUUGAGACCGGACCGGUUCAAGACCGGACUGUAUCCAAUCCAAUCUUUGGUCCUUAUGUUCUCGAAAAGACCGGACCGGGACCGAAUCAAUUCGAGCCCAUUUAACCGGACCGGACCAUAUAGCCACCCCUACAGGAAAAAUCAAGACACCGACAAAUAUCUCGAUUCGUCUACCUAGAUUCCUCUAGCAAGCGAUGAGCUUCAUGAAGCAUAUGCCGCGGCGACGAGGACCUUGGACAGGCAGAUGUGACCUUCAAACGAUGAAAAGAACAUAUAAAUCUUAGAUCUAGCCGCCGACAUCUCCGAUCGUCGUCAGAGCAAGGGCCACAAUCAAAGUUUGCUUUGAAGGUUUCAAUUCGUGUUUCGAUUGAAGGUUAUAGAGAUCUGUUGAUAGAAUCGAUUGUGUCUGUUGAUUUGGAACUGAAGAGAUAGUGGCUCUCUCGGCGUACAAGGACGACACAGAGGAGGAGCGGUUGUUACCUGGGAACGAAUCCAGUUCACCUCUCCUUUGCCGCCGGCAUUAGUUCUAGCAAGACUGCAAGAGGCCACAUGAGCUGAGCAACUCUAUUUGUAACCAGCACUGCUUGGUUUUCUGGUGAAGCUGCCGGGAGGGAGAGUGGAAGGAGAACUCGGUUUCUCCUUCAGUCGAUGGAUCAGAGUUGGAAGAGAUGCGAUAGUCAGUAAGGUUUCACAUGUAACAAACAUGCACUUCUGUA